UAUUUCCCUGCACAUUCCUGACUGCUUUCUAUUUGACCGUGUUAACACAGCUAAGACGAGACCACUUAAAUUUAAAAACUAGAAACAAAGAUUUGUCUCUAAUAUAUUAAAUUUAGGAUAAAUAAGAAAACCAAUGGAGGCAGUAUUCAAUGUCCUCGGUUUGGAUUGGAUCGACGCCAGGAGUGUUUUAAUAUUUUUCUGUGUGUUUCUGUUAUUGGCUGAUAUCAUAAAGAACAGACGACCAAAGAACUUUCCUCCUGGGCCGUGGGCGCUUCCUUUUAUUGGUGAUCUUCAUCGUAUUGAAUCCAGCGAACUUCACCUGCAGUUCACAGAGUUUGCACAGAAAUACGGGAACAUAUUCAGCCUCCGUCUCUUUGGUGGAAGGAUUGUGGUCAUCAAUGGCUACAAGCUCAUGAAAGAAGCCCUGGUCGAACGAGGAGAAGACUUCACAGAUCGGCCCUCCGUACCAUUGUUUGAAGAAUUGGUUGGAAAUAGAGGUCUCGUGGGUUCCAGUGGUUAUAAGUGGAAGCAGCAGAGAAGAUUUGCUCUUCAUACACUCAGAAACUUUGGUCUGGGCAAGAAGACCCUGGAGCGAUACAUCCAGCAGGAGUGCCAGUACCUCACAGAGGCUUUUGCAGAUGAGCAAGGCAAACCUUUUAAUACCAAGUCACUGAUAAAUAAUGCUGUGUCCAACAUUAUUUGCUGUUUGGUGUUUGGGAAUCGGUUUGAGUACAAUGACAAGCAGUACCAGCAUAUUCUCCAGAACUUCAGUGAGACAGUGCGUUUACAGGGGAGUGUGUGGGCACAGCUUUACAACACAGCCCCCUGGCUGAUGAAGUGGUUUCCUGGACCUCAUCAGAAGAUAUUCAGUCUGAUACAAGAAGUAAUUGACUUUGUAGAAAUCAGGAUCAAUGAACACAAAGACACCCUUGACCCAUCAUCACCAAGAGACUACAUUGACUCCUUCCUCAUAGAAAUGGGACAGACAAAGGACAAAGAAUCUGGGUUUGAUCUCAAAAAUUUAUGUUUCUGCACAAUGGACUUGUUUGGUGCUGGAACUGAAACUACUACCACUACUUUACACUGGGGGCUGCUUUACAUGAUCCACUACCCUGACAUACAAGAGAGAGUCCAGGCUGAGAUUGAUGCUGUGAUUGGUUCAUCCAGACAGCCGUGUAUGACUGACAGAGAAAACAUGCCCUACACUGAUGCAGUCAUCCAUGAGAUACAGAGGAUGGGCGACAUCAUCCCUCUCAAUGUGGCUCACAUGGCAAACAAGGAUACUACAGUGGAUAAGUACACAAUCCCAAAGGGAACCAUGAUCCUGCCUACACUGCACUCUGUCCUCCAUGAUGUGUCAAUGUGGGAAACUCCAAACUCCUUCAACCCUCAACACUUUCUGGACCAGGAUGGUAAAUUUAGGAAGAGAGAGGCCUUCCUUCCAUUUUCUACAGGUAAGCGUGUGUGUCUCGGUGAACAGCUGGCCAGGAUGGAGUUAUUCCUGUUCUUCACAUCCCUCCUUCAGAGGUUUUCAUUCUCUGCACCCCCUGGAGAGAAGCCCAGUCUGGAGUGCAUCACGGGACCCGCUCGUUGUCCUAAACCUUACCGUGUCUGUGCCGUGCCACGAUAAAUCAGUGUCCCAACAUAUCCUAAACUGACUUAUACCUAUUUCUUAGCACUAUCACAUUUAGCUUGCAAUGCACCAACCAUAUCUGCUGUAUUAUUAUUAGUCUUUGAGUAAAAAUCAAUUUGGGAGUAAUUUUCUUCUUGUCAAUCAGUCUUUUACUGAACAUUUGCAUUUCACAAUGCUACUGUAUUCAGGAGUAUUCGCUACUAUCACUGGGAACAAUGUUAGUACAAUCCUUUCUGCUUGCUACAGCUAGAAACGUUUGGCUUUUAAUUAAACAUUACACUGAGUUUUAGCCCAUACUUUUUACUCACUGGAUCUGCUGAGUGUUCAAAUUCACACAGAGGUUUAUUGUCAAAUCAGAGCUGUUGAUCAGUUUGAGAAUAUGUUAUAUGAAUAUGUUAUAUAUGUUAUUAACAAUUUUGUGUGACAAAUGAUUUUAAUAAAAGAAUCGUAAAAUGA